AUGAGGUUAUCAUCCAGCAACACUUACAACAUAGGGUUGGGUAAGCUUCUUAUCAAAAAAAGAAAAAGAAAAAAUGGGUUGAGGAAGCUCCAGCUUACUUCAAAAGCAACACAAGAAAACAGAUUGAUAGGUUAUAUGCAUCCUUGUAAAAGAUUGUCAAUUACUGAUCUCCCAGAUGACUGUCUAGGCCUUGUAUAUCAGAGCCUAAAAUCAGGUACUGACCUUAGUUCCUUUGGUUUGGUUUGCCGUCACUGGUUCCAUAUUCAGAACUGCAAUCAUGAGUCGUUAUGGGAUAUUGAUAAUUCUAAAUGUAGUUUACGUGAAUCACCAAAGAUUUCUCCCGAAAGCUUUUCUAUAAUUCUUUGCAAGUUGUUGAUUGGAUUCCAACACCUCAAAAGAUUCUGUCUAAGUGGUCUCCCGGAGGUAACAAAUUAUAUCACAUCAAAAUCACAAUACUUCGGAUCAAAAAUUCAAUUUCUAUGCUUAAAGUAUAUCUCUGAGUAUUCCGAUAAAAAAAAUUCUUUGAUAUUUUCUUCGUUCCCUAGUUUGGGAUCGGUAUAUCUAAAUGGCUCUAAUAUUAACGACAAAGGUCUAGAAGUGUUAGCAAAAAGUUGUGCAUCCUUGGAGAAAGUCGACCUCGAAAAGUGCAAACAGAUUAGUGAUACAAGUUUAGAAGUUUUAACAAAAAAUUGUGCAUCCUUAAAGAAACUCGACCUUGGAUACUGUCAUAGGAUUACUGAUAAAGGUUUAGAAAUCUUGGCAAAAAAUGGUGCAUUUCUGGAGGAAAUCAACCUUAUAUUCUGUCAGAGGAUAACUGAUAAAGGUUUAAUAGUCCUAGCAAAAGAUUGUGCAUCCUUUAAGAAAGUCGGCCUCGGAUAUUGUCGGAAGAUUACUAGUAAAGGCUUAGAAAUCCUAGCAAAAAGUUGUGCAUCUUUAGAGAAAGUCGAUCUCACAAACUGUCAAGGGAUAACUGAUUCAGGAAUAAAUUUUCUCAUACAAAACUGUUCCAAAAUUCAUACAGUUAGAAUUUCAUAUUGCAGCAAUGUAACUGGUGUUGGCUUUCCAGGGUGUCCAAAGACCUUGACUAAUGUUGAUGCAUUUGAUGUGUGUACACUUACAAUAGAGGGGAUUAAAGCAAUUACAAGUGGAGAUGGGAUUGAAUCUCUAAGUUUAUCAGUUGUAAAUGCCAUUAAUGAUGAAGCAAUUACAACUAUUUCCAAAGGCUGCCCUAUAUUAGAAUCAUUGUGGCUAGAUUCUUGUCAUGGGGUACAACUUGAAGGAUGGAAAGCUAUUGGUCUGCACUGCAGAAACUUGAUAGACCUUUACUUGUUUAAGUGCUCAAACUUAUGUCCUUCAGGGUUGAAAGCUUCGUGUUACUUGUUUAAGUGCUCAAACUUUCCUGUCUAG